GGUGCCAUCCGCCUUCUCAUUUUUUUCUUUCCCCCGUCUCCCGUUUUAUGGAGGGACAGCCAGACUGUGAAUCCGCGACCAAAAUCAAUCAUCUGUUUUUGACGGCUGAUGGGCUGACGUGUUGUUGUUUUCGGGGUUCUGACAACCUUCCGCCAAUGCCAAUAAGACAAGGCACAAGGCACCGAAGAAAGAUGGCAAGGUUGAAGCCAUUGGGUUCAUUUUCUUCGGCCAAAAGCACCACAGCAUCUGCCGUAGUCGGCCGCCAUCACUCUCUGGAGUAGUAUAAUAGCCAAGAUGAGAGGUUUUCUCUCGGCUGUCUUUCUGUUUAUCUCUGACGAUGUGGGAAAAUACAACCAAGAAUAUCGCCAUCAAGUUCCCGUUCGACCCUUGACGCCUCCGUUCCCUGAUGGUCUCUGUGGUGGUCGAGUCGUUACCAUCCCUCCCGAAGAAACAUAUGCUAUUGAUGUCAACUUUAACAAUGUCGUGUUACCUCCAAGAGCCAUUGAUGUUUGGUUGCCACCAGAAUAUGACCAGGAAGAAUUUGUCGACCACAACUUUCCCCUCCUUUUUUGCCAUGACGGUCAAAAUGCCAUGGAAGAUGCCUCCAGCUGGACGGGGGCUUCCUGGAGAAUGAUGGGAGCUCUGACUCGACUCUCCGAACGAAAUCUGUUGCGGUAUCCCACUCCUCCCAUUGUCGUCCUACUGCAAUCCUCCCAAGACGAUUUGCUUCCUGGUGUCGUACGACGACGGCAUUUGGAGUACUCGGACACGGCCAAUCGAUUUGCCAAGGCUCAUGUGGACUUUGUCGCCAAAACCGUGCUACCCUACCUACACGUCAAUUUCCGGGCCAGUCAAAAGGCGUCCGAUACGCAUGUCAUUGGGUCGUCGUUGGGGGGACAGGCGUCCUUUCACAUGCUACUACGAUACCCCGAGCUAUUUGGUGGAGCGGGUUGCAUGUCGCCGGCGUUUCAACCACCCACAUUGGCCAUGGCUGCCACACAAUUGGACAAGUUGCGGGAUAAACGAAUCUACAUGGAUAUUGGCGGUGAUAUUGAUCAAGUCAAAGUGAGUUGGUUUGACGUUAUGGAUCACUUGACGGGAGAACAUUGGUGGAAUCCUGGUUAUUGGUGGUUGGAUACACAGCUGGCCCCUUCGGUAGAUGCCAUGAGUUGGGCACUGAAACAGGGCAAUGUUCCACAUUCCUACAAAAAGUUUGCCGGAGGCCGGCACAACGAACGGGCAUGGUCACUGCGAAUCCAUCAGCCCCUAUUGUACCUACUUGGGAAGUAGCAAAUCAAUUUGAAGCUACGAAACCAAACACGACGCUAUUGAACAUUUGCUACAGUGUGUAAUGCAGAUAACACCACCAUCAUAAACAAUACAUAGAAUGCUAAAACAGCUCUCUAAGCAUUGAUGUUUCAAAUGUAUGGAAAUGCACAUUGGCAGCACGAAAUGCGAAU